CCUUUGGCCGGAUUCGUGCGCGCGGAUGGCGACAUGGACACAGAUCUGGAGACAGACGGGCUGGCCGCCACUUCAUCCUCCAGUGCCAGUGCCUCCGCAGCGUUCACGGAGCCGCACGACGACGAGGAGGCGCAGUGUGGGGCGAAGGGAGAGUGGCAGGAACCGGCCAAGAGCCCGGCGGGCGGCGCCACUGCCAUCCGAGAAUGCCAGAGCCAGCGACGGUGCCGGACAGAGGCUGUUUACCUGCACGGUAGGAAGGGGCUGAAGCAGCGGCCGGCCUCGCUCGACUUUGGCAGCGCCGGGUUCAACAGCGGGACUCCGUUUUCUCCGGGCUUUGUGGUCGGAGGCGCCGGGUUUGCGAGCAAGGGACUUGUGUCGUCGCAGAUCAGCUCCGGCGUGUUCCCUAGUCCCGGCACGCCGAGCUAUCCGCGGCGGCACCGGCCGUCGGCCUUGGGGUACCAGAAGGGGUGGAGCUCGGAGAGAGUGCCUCUUCCUUCCAAAGGUAAUAAUACUAGGAGGUACCCAGGCAGCAGCAUGGCAUUUCCUCUCAACAGUAGGAGGACACUGCCCUCAAAAUGGGAGGAUGCGGAGAGGUGGAUCUUCAGUCCCAAAUCAAAUGCCGGCGAUGCGCGUGAGAAGACCGCCACAUUGCCCCAUGCUCGACGGCCGAAGGCUAAAAGUGGUCCUCUUGGGCCUCCUGGAAGAUUUGGUGGACAGUAUUCAUCUGUAUCUUCAUCUGUCUCUUUGUUUGACAGUGGGAGAGUUGGGCAUUUAGCAGCAAACUCACCUUUCUUGGCUGGAGUACUGAUACCUGAACACUAUGGUGGGGCGAAAAGUAAUGUUGGGAGGUACACAAGUGGAACAGCUGGUGAUGAGUUCGGUAUUGGCAUAGUUGGCGGGUCUUCUCUAGCACAUAUCGGGUCUCCUGCUAUGCAAUCUACCAUGGUGCGCCGACGACUAGAUACUGCAAUUGAGUCAUCUGCAUCAUUGCCCAGCACCCAAGAAUCUGUACAAGGCGAAGAGGCUGAGUUCGUAGAAGAUUCAGCCCCCAUUGCCACCCCUAUAAUUUCAAGGAAGGAUACCGCAACUCAAACUAGUCCAGAUCUAAGUAGGUCUUCUUCGCCCAGCGCAAGGCCUUCAUUUGUUCGUUCAUUCUCAAUGCAACAAGCCAAAGAGAGGGAGAGCUGUUUCUCUGAUCUUGAGAUCAGGGAUGUCCAGAUGGAUGAGCGAGUGAGUCUUACCAGAUGGUCCAAGAAACAUGUAACACAAGCCUCUAACAAGAAUUCUACAAAUAUGUUAGAGUGGAACAAAAAGACGGUGGACUCUAAAUCUUCUUCCUGGGAAUCAACAGAAACAAAAUGCACAUUAAAGGUUGAGAGAGAAGAAGCAAAACUUACUGCUUGGGAGAAUCUUCAAAAAGCGAAAGCCGAGGCUGCAAUUCAGAAGCUAGUGAUGAAACUCGAGAAGAAACGAUCAUUUUCCCUGGACAGAAUUUUGAACACCCUCAGGUCUGCUCAAAGAAAAGCACAAGGGAUGCGUGAUGCAGCAACAGCAAGCCAAGACGAACACCUUUGCAGGAAGGCCAAAAAGACAUCACACGUUACAAAGAAUGGCCAGAUCAGAUCUCUGAGUGGCUGUUUCACUUGCCAUGCUUUCUAGUAUCAUGCAAUCCCACUACUGAGGAUCUGGAGGCCCUUCAGCAGGGAAGUUCAGAGACUCACUCUGUCAGUGAAGAAUCCAGGCAAUCCUCAACCGACCCCGUUGCAUUUUCAGAAGAAUAUGCUGCUGCCGCGGCUUGAGCAGGGACCAUGCGUGCGCUGUCCGUCAUCGUAUGGACCUCCGCACAAUCUGCCAAGGGGACAGGAGAAAAUGGCGCCACCGAGGAAAGGAGCGAUGGUGCCUCCGCGUCAUCGCAUGUGCCUGCCUGCCUGCUUCUUCUCAUGCUUGACGCCACGCCCAGCAGGCCUGCAGCUAGCACAAUGGUAAAGGCCCCCUUUAUCGUUGGCCCUGUAGUGUAUGUAGGUGCUACCUACGGAGCAAUUCGGCCCUUGCUAGGCCGCUAGCCGCUGCGUGCCUGUGCUUCAGGCCGGCCUUGUACGAGUUCUGCUUUUGGUGUGGUUGCUUCAGGUGUAGCCCAGUUGGGAUCAUGUCUUGGUAGUACAAUCGUUGCGAUACCAGGCUGGCUGCCUGCUUCAAAUGUGGUUUUAGCCGGGAGAA